AUGUUUUGAAGAUCUGCGUUUGAGUUUUCUUGUUUUCAUGUGACUCCUGUAGAGAAAAACAGAAACACAGCUCUCUUGUUGUCUCGCCGGCUGUGAUGUGACUCGAGUUUUGUGAUAUUUUACGUUCAGAACAGCAAACCAAGCUACUUUAACCAGGUGUCUUCGUUUUAAGCACUUUACAAGGUCUCCCGCGGAUACCAUGGCUGAGUGACGUCAUUUCACCAGCUUAGUUUUUAACGCCAUGGCCCCGCCGAAUGGCUACUCCAUCAACUCCAGCCCUCUGGAUGAGAGCGAGGACGGGGAACCCCUCAUCGAGAGGGAUGCAGUUCCUUCACAGUGCUGCUCGGCUCGGCUCAACCUGGCCUUCCUCAUGUUUUUGGGGUUCGCUGUAGUCUACGGGCUGCGGGUCAACCUCAGUGUUGCCAUGGUAGCCAUGGUGAACGUCACCGAUCCCAAACCGGCCCCCAACACCUCCAUAGUCCACGCUUGUCCUCUGCCAGCGGGGAUGGACAACACCAGUGAUACUUUCUCACAACCUGACGGGAUCCAUCAGUACCCGUGGGACUCAGAGACUCAGGGUUGGCUGCUGGGAGCUUUCUUCUUCGGAUACCUGUGCACCCAGAUCCCGGGGGGGUACCUGUCUGGUCACUAUGGGGGGAGCCUCUUCUUUGGUUUGGGGGUGCUGGGCACGGCUGUCCUCACGCUGCUCACUCCUCUGGCCGCCCAGAUGGGGAUCUACUGGCUGUUUGCACUGAGAGCUCUGGAGGGCUUUGGAGAGGGUGUGACGUUCCCCGCCAUGAUGGCGAUGUGGGCCCGCUGGGCUCCCCCUCUCGAGCGUUCACGCCUGAUGACCAUGUCUGGCUCUGGGGCAAACUUCGGGGCCUUUUUGUCUCUGCCUCUCACCGGCUACAUCUGCGAAACUUUAGGCUGGCCGGCUGUCUUCUACCUCUGUGGUGGUGCUGGGUGUCUCUGGGCAUUUUUUUGGUUUGUUUUUGUGUCAGAUGACCCUCGCACACAUCGUCGAAUCAGCGAAGAAGAGAAGGAUUACAUCAUAAGCUCCAUUGGACCUCAGGGUACAGGUCAUGGCUGGUCCGUGCCCCUGCUGCCCAUACUGCUGUCGGUCCCCAUGUGGGCCAUCAUCAUCUGCCAGAUGUGCUCAAACUGGUCCUACUACACGCUGCUCACCUCACUGCCCACCUACAUGAACAACAUCCUGCACUUUGACCUCAAAUCUAAUGGUUUCCUGUCCGCUCUGCCGUACCUCGGGGCCUGGAUUGCUUCCACGCUGACGGGUAUCUUAGCGGACAGCCUCAUCGCGAGGAAAGUGUUCAGCGUCACCACCGUACGAAAAAUUUUCACACUCACAGGUGUGUUGCCAGGCGCAGCCUUCCUCGUGGCUGUGGGUUACUCCGGCUGCAGCCACAUCCUCACCAUCACCUUCCUCACCCUCUCCACGACCAUCGGAGGAACCAUGGCCUGUGGAGUCUACAUCAACCAGAUAGACAUCGCUCCUCGGUAUGCAGGAUUUCUUCUGGGAAUCACAAACACAUUCGGGACCAUCCCUGGAGUCGUGGCACCCAUUGCUACAGGAUACUUUACUGAGGAUCACACCCUGGCAGGCUGGAGGACGGUCUUCUGGCUGGCAGCAGGGAUCAACGUCGGGGGUGCCUUAGUCUACACGUUGUUCGGUACCGGAAAGAUCCAGCCGUGGGCCGUCACAGAAGAGGAGGCAACCGAGGUGGAGAAAAACAGGAGCCCAUCCAUCGUCACAUAAAACAGAAAUAUGCAGACAAAUACACAAACUCAAGAAGCUGAUGACGCACAGCUGAAAGACUUUGAAUAGAUGUAUAAAUUAUAGGGAUACGUGCAGCAUCCGCAGCCUGCACACAUGGCAUGUGAACUUUUUUUUAUUCUGUCAUUGGACCAGGCUUGUUCAAGCAUUACUGAAUAACUGAAAACAGAAUUUUAGCGUUUGCUGUUUCUUUUUUUGAAAUCAAAACGCCUCUACUGUUGUGGAGUUUCAACUAUGUCUGCUUUUGUAGAAAAUAUUUGAACUGGUUUUAAAAUGAAUUCCAGAUAUGAGCAGUUUUACCUUUUGAAAGCAGGAAACUUUAAGAGAGAACAGCACAUUGAUGUACGUUAUUACUACAUCAAAGAAGGAUUGAAUAUUUGCUAACAUGCAUCAACGUCUGCUGGAUAUUCACGACCUCUAUCAAUCUGAAAUAGUCCUCGUUUUUACUCUUGUUGUCUUUACUGUUUGUUAGUACGACUGGGACAAAGUCUGAGCCACUGGACCCCGCGUGCCAAAGAUCUCAUGGGGGGGGCACGAGGCUCUGUCUGCUCUGAGGUCAUCAAAACUAGAUUUGCACAUAUUAACUGAAUAAUGCGGCGGAGUAUAAGGGCCACCUUUUUUUAAAGAAAUUCCCGUAAAGAUUAAAUUUCAAGAUUAAAGUUUUAAAUUUAUUAUAUUAAUUUAGUAAUUCCAUUUAAAUUAGGCUAUGGUUAAAUUUUUUAUCCUGAAAGGUUGUAUCAAAAGAGCAGCCUGUCGUAAAUGUAUGACUUUCUUCUCUUACAACUUUAUUCUCAUAAAUGUCAGAUGUUUUCCCCCUUUAAUGUGGCCCUAAUACUCCUUCGUAAAGAAAUGAUAACACGCUGACUGAAUAGUUCAUCCAAAGCUCUGUAGCUAACUCAAAAAAUAUCUGGCUCCUUAGUCUGUCACACCUCUUGUUCAGGUUGUAGUGAAAACGAUUACACUUCACAUUCAUUCUUGACAGCAGAAGAAUUACGCUGAAUCUCAGGUGAGACCAAAACAACAAACAACAGCGUUUUGUUUUGUAACGAGAUGGGACUGAUGUUUUUUUUAAUUUUUUAAUUUUUUUUAUGAACAAACUUUCCAGCUUUAUCGUGUUUUCUAACGACUUCUCGACCGUCUUGUGGGACCAAAAGAAGCACUUUAAACACACAGAAACCAAAAAGCCUUACGCUUGAUAAUGGUGCCAGUAUUUCACAAUAAAUCAUCUCAUUUAGUGUUUUAUCCAAUCUUUUCACUCAGAAGACCAAAGCACUUUCAACUGCCAGGAUUUGAAUACUGACUUAUUUUUGUGUUUCUAUGAACGAUGUGGAUGUGCCGUGUUGUAAUAGUUUCACUGCCGGUUUUUAAAGUUCCUUAUCUGUUAUGAUUGUUGUUUUUUUUAUAGCGACACUUUAAAACAAACAUCUCACACAUUCUCGUCAGCUCAUGUCAAAGUGCACUGUGAUCGUAAACUCAUGAAGUUUUUUUAAACGGAUGCAAUAAUGUAUUUACCUCUCUGUGCUUUGAGGAUGUGUGAUGUGCUACAAACGUGUAAAAAUAUGUUUGUGUAAUACUUUGUAUUGUACAGUGAAAUUAAUCAAGUUUGUUAAACUUUGAAGACCAAAA